CUGGUAGAAUUAGCCAAUCGACAAGCGCUUGUAAACUAUCAUCUUGUUUUGCAUCACUAUCAUCUUGCUGUAGCUGCUGCCAUUCAGCUUUCUUCUGGACUUCGAUUACAUAUACUGAGUAUUCUUUUCUGCCCCAUUGGACAACGUGCGUUUUUCCAUCCCCUCGAUUCACAUCCGCUUAUACCCCUUGAAAAAGUUGAUGAUGCCGUAAUGGAGCGAAGACACCAAUUCCUUGCAAAGAUAGCAGAGCAAGGUACCGAUACCGAUCGAAAGCUUGCAAGGAUUUUAUCGUGCGAAUGGAAUUUAACGGUUGAUACUAUCCAGACAACUCUUUCCUCUGGACUUCGAUUACAUAUACUGAGUAUCCUUUUCUGCCCCAUUGGACAGCGGGCCUUUUUCCAUCCCCUCGAUUCACAUCCGCUUAUACCACUUGAAAAAGUUGAUGAUGCCGUAAUGGAGCGAAGACACCAAUUCCUUGCAAAGAUAGCAGAGCAAGGUACCGAUACCGAUCGAAAGCUUGCAAGGAUUUUAUCGUGCGAAUGGAAUUUAACGGUUGAUACGAUCCAGACAACUCAAGUUCUGUGCCAUCUACGCGCUGGACAAGACGAAGCUGCUAGUCGGGAAAUGACGGGAAUCACCCAAACGGAGCAUUUUCUGACUACCACUGCUGGUGAUGAAAGGUUGCGAGUUGAUUGGUCGAACUCGGAUUGGAAGGAAGCUGUCCGAUCAUUUGGAAAAAUAGUUUCUGCACUUUCAUUGCAUCCUCAAUUUCUCACACCUUUCAUUCGUAUAGGAGGCAUAACAACACAAUACUGGGGAAUCACUAUUUUGGACUGA